AUGAAAACAGUGCACAGUCUACUAUUUUUCUCUCUAUUCCGUGCUGUAGUAGGUCAACCCUCAGCAAAAUCCCAGCAGGGCAUAGUUCACGGCAUCCAAGUACAUAACGAAGUAAACGCCUUCCUUGGGAUACCAUAUGCAAAGCCUCCUAUCAACGACCUUCGUUUUCGUCCUCCACAGCCUCUGGAGGAUGCUGCCGAUGAUCAAAUAAUCCGAAAUGCAACGCAGUUCGGGCCGGUCUGCUAUCAGUUUCGCUAUCAGACCGUCUUGGCAGAUAACCUGGCGCCCACCAGCCCAGAGUCGGAAGACUGCUUGUCCUUGAACAUUUUCACACCACGGUCACGCCCGGAAUCCCAGUUACUGCCAGUAUUGGUCUGGUUGUAUGGGGGCGCAUUUAACGAAGGAGGAACCAGUGCUCCAUUGUUCAACCCUACGGGUCUCGUUGCGAACCAUCCGGAGAUUAUUGUCGUCACCUUGAAGUUAGUACACUAUCGUCUGAAUGUAUUUGGAUUUCCUAACUCUCCUGCGAUUCCCAUUACCGAACAGAACCUAGGCAUUCGGGACCAGCGAGCUGCACUGGAAUGGCUAAGAGCGAAUCUGGCCCCAUUCGGAGGGGAUCCAUCUAGGAUCACCCUUGGAGGCCAAUCUGCCGGCGCAGACUCUGCUGCUAUCCUGACAUACUCGUACAAAGAUGACCCGAUUGUACAAGGGUUGAUCUUACAGAGCGGGAUUCCUGAAUACGUCGGUCCUCAAGAUGAUGCCAUCUUCAGUCGUGCGGCAGAAACGCUGGGAUGUAGAAAUACAAAAAACAGGACCGAUGAGCUAAGCUGCAUGAAAUCGGUCCCAGCGCCAGAUCUGCAUAAAGCACUCUCAAACCUGACUGUGAACCCGUUCGGGACAACUGGAGGUGCUCCGAUGAUAGAUAAUGUUACACUCUACUCUGCAGAAGAGUACGUCCGUCUUGGCUUAACUGGCUCUUUCGCUCGGGUGCCAGUCUUAAUGGGAAUCACUGACAACGAGGGCGACGGGGCUCUAAAUUGGUCCGAGAAGGGUGUCAACAAGACACUUUCAGACAUUCUCACAACCACGUAUUUCAACUGCCCCAUGUCCAUGGAAGCUUCAUUCCGAGCAAAGCAUCAGGUUCCUGUGUGGCGGUACCGCUACAUGGGUGUCUUCCCAACUGUGACUUUCUACCCAUGGGUACGGUCCUAUCAUCAAGCGGAUAUUGCACUAGCACUUGGUUCAUACAGAAAUCUUACGCCUCACAUAGAACCAGAGUGGUACGAAGUGGAUGCAAGCAAUUACCUCCAAUCGACAUGGGCAGCAUUUAUUGAGUCUCCGACCGACGGACUGUCACGAAAGAUGGGCUGGCCAAGAUAUAGUCCCAACGACACUACCCUCGUUGAACUCUUCGCUAAUAAUAGCCCAACUGUCCGUCUCCGAAAUCCAGCUGAAUUCGAUGCGGUUUGCUCUCAUCCCCCUCCUAUUCCUUCGUAUAUUUGGUCGCAGUGA